AGCCAAUAACGUGAAGGGAGCUGUUGUGCACAUCUCAGCUGGCAGACAUUUUAAAAGGAGACAGUCCGGCGCUGUUGCAAUUUGUACCAAAAUCCAGUCUCUCUUUCUAUGGAAUCGUUAGUAACUGCAAUCUCUCAGCAGCCUGCGCCCCCGCUCCACUACAGUCAACGCGUUUAGCCCAUUCCUGCCUGAGGAUUCUUUCAAUAAAGAACGACUUCCUACGUACAUUUGAUUUCUCUCUGAUCAAUUCAUUGACAGGAUGAACAGAACUGCGCGCGCGUUCUGUGCUUUGGCAUUCGUUACGGGGCUGCUUUCCUGCCAGGCAGACGGCAAGGGGAAUCGUGGAUCACAGGGCGCCAUCCCUCAUCCAGAAAAAAACAACCCCAACGAAUCGGAGCAUCAGCCGCAGCCACCGCAACCGGGUCCCGGGUCCCGGGGCAGAGGAAGGGGGUCUGCCGUGCCUGCAGAGGAAGUUUUGGAGUCAAGCCAAGAAGCCUUGCAUGUCACCGAGCGUCGCUACCUGAAACGGGACUGGUGCAAGACCCAGCCGCUAAAGCAGACUAUCCACGAGGAAGGGUGCGUCAGUCGCACUAUCAUUAACAGGUUCUGCUAUGGGCAAUGCAACUCCUUUUACAUACCCAGGCACGUUCGCAGAGAAGAAGGCGCCUUCCAAUCUUGCUCCUUCUGCAAGCCUAAAAGGUUUACCACCAUGACUUUCACUCUGAACUGUCCGGACCAACAACCCCCCACCAAAAAGAGACGCGUUCAGCGCGUAAAGCAGUGCCGAUGUAUUUCGAUUGACCUGGACUAGAUCCGUGUCCUAAUGGUAUUUCUUCGAUUUGUUUCCGUUUUAUCUACGAAGGGAAAUGCUCGCCUAUGGCGCAUCACCGCACGGCAAUUAAAGGGAUUCGUUUCCCACCAGCAGAAUUGCGGCAAACCGUCACACCCACAAAGGAAAGAGGGAAAUACCACGACGUAAAUGUCAUUUGGUGUGAAGUCAGUGCAUUAUUAGCAAGGAAAUCAAAAACCGAUUUUUAGUCACACACGCAGCCACCAAUCAAAGCCACACAAUACACGUUUCUUUCACAGCGCCAUUCACUGACAUUACCGACAGUUCAGUAGGCAUAGCAAAAGUUGUUUAAUUUUCGCACUGCAAACCGCUGUUUGACCUAUUGCCAUAUUCACCUUGUAUGAGCCAUCCGCUAAAAGAUUGCAGAACUUGGCCUGCUCUUUUGAACACAGUAAGCCUGAAAUCCGAUGGAGGAGAUCUAGUCGUAUUCAGUAUUUAAAAAAAGCAUUUAUGGACAGCAACAACAACCGUCUGGACACCAUCAAGGCGGGUAUGCUGUAUAGCCUAUAACCAUUUCCACCUGAGUAGUCUAUUAUGCAUUUUGUGGGAGUUUAAAUAUUGACUGAGCACCAAAUAGUUUCCACUAUGUGGAAUGAGAAAGAGAAAUGAUAAUAUUUAAUGUAAUUAUGACAAGUUUGUAUCAAUAAUAUGAAUGUUACUUGGACUCUAGUGAAUCUCUCUUGGUCUGCACUGUUUAUGUCAGUUCAUGUAAUUUAGGGAAGAAAAAGCUGUUUGUCGAAAUGUAAUUUGCCCCUCCCAGAAGUAUUAAACAAUUGUACAACGUCAAAUGUACAUAACUGUGUAAUAACGAUAAUCUCUUAGAGGCCUGACUCCUUGAAAACUGUUAAGUGGUCGUAUAUAGUAGUGCAAGGUAACACCUGUUAUCCUAAAUGUAAUUUCAUUUCAUAUAAUUACUGUUACUUAAAUUGCAGCAGGAUUACUGCUUUUCCGAGAGCAAAUUAAAUGUUUUGGAAAACAAC